AAAAUAUUACAUUAUUUACAUUAAAUCGUAAUGGAACUGUGCCACUACUGACCUAUUGCCCCGUAGGUAUAAAUUCCAACAAAAAGAUAAACGAUUUCUAAUUUUCUUGUUAGUGUUAAGACGUGUGCACGGUGUCUUCUACCUAUUAUGUUACGAAUCUACGAUCAGUGUUGUUAGUCUGAGUGCGCCGUUUAUAUUGAAAUUGAGAUCUUAGUCUUAAACGCAUUUCAAUUUUUUUUAUUUAAGGUAUGUUGUUUUAUUUUUGUUCCUAUGGUAAAACAUACAAUAGGUUGUUAAACUUUUCAAGCACAAUAUUAAGGUCUAUUAUAGUACAUUUUGAAAAAAAAACUUCAUUUUCUAAUUUUUAAGGUUAUAUUAUAUAAUGAAGUUGAUUUUUAAAUCAUUGGGUACAUUACCCAUACGUCGAUUUCUAUCAACUGUACCAAAACCAUUAAAUCCAGUACAAGAAGCUGCCCUCGAAGAACGCUGUAUUCUUGUUGAUCAACAUGACCAAGAGUGUGGCUUUGCCAGUAAACGAGACUGUCACAGACUAGUAAAUGGGAACCUUCCUUUACACCGUGCGUUCAGUGUGUUUUUAUUCAACACCAAGGAUGAACUACUAUUACAACAGCGUUCAUCAACCAAGAUUACAUUCCCUGAUCAUUAUACAAAUUCUUGCUGCAGUCAUCCACUGUAUGAGAUUGAACAUGAGCGCAAAGACUUAGAAGGUGCUAAAGCUGCUGCUUGUCGCAGACUUGUGUUUGAAUUAGGAAUUCCUUCAAGCCAGUGUCAACCUAAAGACUUGCAAUAUAUAACUAGAAUAAGGUACAUGUCUGAGGGAGAUGGAACGUGGGGUGAACAUGAAAUUGAUUAUAUAUUUAUUUUGCAUAAAGAUGUUUCUUUGGAUCCCAAUCCUGAUGAAGUGAGUACUGCCUUAUAUAUUCCCAAAUCAAAAAUGAAUAAAUUCUUAAAGAAUUUAAAUCAUCCAAUUACACCAUGGUUUAAUCUAAUUGUACAAAACGAAUUGACUAACUGGUGGGACAAUUUAAGAUCUCUGGAGAAAGUCAUGAAUCAUAAAAAAAUUAUUAGUUAUUAAUUAUUUUUCUAUUGUGGGAAAUAUUAAUUAAGAUUGGGACUAUAUUAACAUUGUUAUUAAUUUAAUUAUAUUAUGUUAUGACAAUAUUGUUCACUUAUUAUAUACAUAAAUUUGGUAUUUUAUUUUUUAACUCAUGAAAUGUUUAUAAUAUUACUAAAUACCAUAAUAUAAUAUAUUAAUGAAUCAAAUGUUCAACGAUAAUUUUUUUUAAAACACUUAGUUUAAAAAAAUAUGGGUUAAUGUUCAAUAUUUUGUAUUACACAUUUUUUUUUUUUUAUAUUAUGUAUGUUGUUACUUAUAUUAUUAAUAAAAGUAAAUAAGCUAAAUAUUGUUAUAAAAAUUAAAUAUUUAUUUUCUUUUAAGAAUAUAUAUAUUACUUUCUAAUUGAUAUAACGGCAUUUUAUUUCAUACUUAUGAUGUUACAGAUUUAGAAAGUUCUGUUUUAAACUUCUUUUACACUGUAUACUAAUAAAUAAACUAUUACAUUUUUGAUAAGAAAUUAGUUAAUAAAA